AAAGUCAUAGAAAUUCAAUGAUUAACACACACACCUCACAUAUUCUAAUGUCCACAACUUCAAUAAUUAAAAACACCUCAUACUCCAAUGUCCAACAAUUAGUAAUAAAUGUGUAGCAAUCUUGAAGCACAUGACAUCCCAAUCCCACAUGCCCUCCCAAUCAGACAAUUUGACAGCUUUCCAACGAUGUCUCUCCCCAUAUAAAAAUUUUCAAGAACCCCCCAAUCCCAUCUCAAUAUUCGCAGGCAUGGAUCUCAAUGUUCAUGAAUCCAGGGAAACCGAUGCUCACCAGGUUGAGCCUGGAGACCUCCUGGAAGAAUGCUGGUUUUUCGGCAACUUGCUUCGGAGAAAAUCAAGAAUGCUGAGGAGUUUCUCCGAUCCCUGUACUUCUUUCAACUACAGCCAGGAGAAUUCGCCUGGAAAAUCGUAUGAAGAAACCUAUGCGUCCAUCAAGAACGAGGAAAUCAGGCGGGCUGGUGCUGGUGCUGGACAAUCUCUCCAGGGAGUAAAAGGGGGAGAUCCUCGUAAAAGCAAGCCUGACGGAAAAGCAUCGGGAAACAGGUUGGUUCGGGCCCCGUCGCUGCCGACAAGCCUGGAAAAGGAAGAGUUUCACGAUGAGGAGACUGAGUUUUCCAUGGGGAAAUUGAUCAGGCAGGCUUCUAUGAAGCACAGAGAUAACUUGCCUCCUAGACAACAUUCUGCUAAUAAGGGCGUGACGCCGAGUUCCAGCGUAUCAAGGCAGAGAUCAAGAAGGAAAUCUGAGGCGGAAAGCAUGAAAUUGGAGGGAUUGGAGGCGACAAAGCCUCAGCCCACAGGAAAUCAGGUUAAGACGCAGAAAAGCUGGAGCGCUGUUGAUUUCAAAGAUUUGACGGAGUCGGGAUUCGAUUCGGAGAGAAGAAACUUGAGCCCGGAUGUUGUCAGCAUCGAAAACGAAGAGAAAAUGGCGAGGAGGGCCGCGUGGCGGGGGCCGCCCGCCGCCGCUGGGCGGGUGCCCCCGCCUCCGCCGCCGCUGGGGCCGGGUUCUGCUCAGGCGGUUCCCAAGUGGGGUGGGAAGAGAUCAAACGAAGACAUGAAGGCGCAGAUCAAGUUCUGGGCCAGGGCGGUGGCGUCUAAUGUGCGGCAGGAGUGUUGAUAUGUUAGACUAGCUGUUAUAUAUAUAUAGUUGCAAGAAUUUGAUGAUGAUGGUGGAAUUGACUUUGCAGAAUAUAAGGUUCUGACGAUGAUGAAGAUGAUGAUGGUUAGGUAGUAAUAGUAUUAGUAUGAACUGAGAAUUGAGAUUCUCUCUUUUGUUUUUGAAAUUGAUUGAUUGAUUGAUUGAUUAUUGUCACAGAGAAGUUUCUGUCUAACAUUCUGGGCAACUCACACAUUCUUUGCUUUGCCAGAUUUUGUACUAACUACAUUAAUAGCAAGAAGGCUCAUUUUGCA